AUGUUUCCAAUUCUUUUUGGCCUUUCAACAUCAAUUUCUGAUGAAGAUGUCUAUUCUAGAAUCAAACCUGGCUAUAAUAAUGUAUCUUUAAUCUCAACUAAACGCUAUUUCAAAGUAGAAAGUGGUCAUCUUAUAUUAUUCCUCGCAGAAUCAACUAAUGAUUACACAGGUAUAGCCCAUAGUGAUAAUGAAAAGACAGAGCUAUUUAAGAAUGAAACAUUCGGUAUUAAUUUCAAGAGCAGGGGAUAUUUAGAGAUGCUCUCACCAAAAUUCAAUUCAAUAUAUGCCGUUGACUUUUCUAGGUUCAAAUAUCCAUCAUGCAGUGAAAAUAUCGCUUUAAUUGGUAGUGGAUCAUUAAAUGUUGGCUGCUCUCAAGGAGCUGACUAUGUAUUAGAAAAAGGUGACAGUGUUUGUGUUUAUUAUGCAUUUCCUAAAACAAUUUCGACAGCUACUCUCACUAAAUCUUCCACAUUAUCUACAACAGUCUACACAGCUAUAGGUGACGUUACAAAGUCAGACAAUGUUACACAGCCAUUCAUGAUGAGAAUAGUAUAUAACAGUAAUACAUGUGAUGGCUCUACUGUUGGUGCUACAGUUACUUAUAAUGAAACAUCAACAGUACUUAGCAUGAAGUUAUUACCAGAAGGCGGCUAUCAGCUUGGUUCAGUUGGUAAAUUUGCUGGCUGGGUUGCCGUUCUUGUUGUUAUUUCUGUUUUAUCCAUUGUUAUCUUAGGAGGUAUAAUCGUUGCAAGUGUUGUUCUUGGUAUUUGCUGCUACCACUGCAUCAAAGAGAGAAUGUUCCACGCUCAGGAUGCUGCUCAGUUGGAGCUUGGUAUCAUCGAAAUUCCACCAGCUGAUGACAGUCCAUAUGAAUCAAAGAACCCACUUCAGACUCAUGAAAAGAACAGUCAGUAUUAA